UCGUAUUCUUCGUUCGGCCAGUCUGGCAGGAGGUUCUGGGGCACUUUAGUGAAAGUCUAUUGCGAGAAAAACUCAUCUUCUCUCUGAAAAAGUAGACUUUACAAAUAUUUCGUUGACAAUGAGUUACAACAUGUCCGACCCUUCAUCCAGGCAUAGCUCUUCUUACAAAAGGAUGUUCGGGGGAGAGAGACCCAUGGUGGCUCGCGCCAGCUACUCAAGCCGCCAGUACUCGAGACCGUCGUCGCGAGUCUCCGUCGGUCUCUCCUCUGCCCCACCCAUCUACGCGACCAAGGUCUCCAGGGUCCGCAGCAGCGCCCCGAUGCCCCGCCUGGCGUCGGAGAGCUUGAACUUCUCCCUGUCUGACGCCAUAAACACUGAGUUUAAGACCAACCGCACCAACGAGAAGGCGCAGAUGCAGCACCUCAACGACCGGUUCGCAAGUUACAUCGAAAAGGUGCGCUUCCUUGAACAGCAGAACAAGAUCUUAAAUGCGGAGCUCGAGCAGCUGCGGGGGAAAGGCACCACGCGCAUCGGGGACCUGUACGAGGAGGAGAUGCGCGAGCUCCGACACCAGGUGGACCAGCUCACCAACGAGAAAGCGCGCGCGGAGGUGGACCGGGACAAUCUAGCGGAGGAAAUCGAGCGACUCCGGGAGAAGCUCCAGGAUGAGAUAAUUCAGCGCGAGGAGGCGGAAACCAACAUGCAGGGCUUCAGGCAGGAUGUGGAUAAUGCUUCUCUGGCUCGUGUGGAUCUGGAGCGUAAAGUGGAGUCGCUGCAGGAGGAGAUCAACUUCCUCAAGAAGCUCCACGACGAGGAGGUGGCUGAGCUGCAGGCUCAGAUCCAGGACCAGCAUGUGCAGGUGGACAUGGACGUGGCCAAACCCGACCUGACUGCCGCCCUGCGGGACGUCCGGCUGCAGUACGAGAACCUGGCCGCCAAAAACGUCCAGGAGUCCGAGGACUGGUACAAGUCCAAGUUUACAGACCUAUCUGAGGCUGCUGCUCGGAACAGUGAGGCCCUGCGGCUGGCUAAGCAGGAGGCUAACGAGUUCCGCCGCCAGGUGCAGGCGCUCACUUGCGAGGUUGACUCCCUGAAGGGAACCAACGAGUCCCUGGAGCGCCAGAUGAGGGGGAGGGAGGAGAACUUUGCCCUGGAGGCCUCAAACUACCAGGACACCAUCGCCCGCAUGGAGGACGACAUCCACAGCAUGAAGGACGAGAUGGCCAGGCACCUGCGCGAGUACCAGGACCUGCUCAACGUCAAGAUGGCGCUGGACAUCGAGAUCGCCACCUACAGGAAGCUGCUGGAGGGGGAGGAGAGCAGAAUCUCCAGUCCUCUGCCGAACAUCUCUUCCCUGAACCUGAGAGAAACCAUGAUGGAGUUAAAGCCCGUGAUUGACAGCAUGUCAUCCAAGAAGGUGUUGAUCAAGACCAUUGAGACCAGAGAUGGGCAGGUGAUCAACGAAUCAACCCAACACCAUGAUGAUUAUGAUGAGGAGCUAAUCUUCGAGUGAACUUUCACCCCUGCAAACACCAGGGAACGAUGUAGCCGUCUUUCUGUGAGUUUAAAAAAACCAGAAAACCAACAAAUAAAAAUCAAUAAUAGCUUUAAAAGUGCCUUUCUUUGCCAUUAUAGGGCGGGGUGAAGGCUGGGAGAUCAGAGUAGAAACAUUGACACAAGCUUUAGUUCCGCCGUCCUUUACCACAGUCUGGAGUUUACAGUCAACAAAAGAAAAAAAAACAACACAGCAAUAAGUUUUACUACACCAAAUGAAACUCAGAAGGCUUUCUCCCCCAAUACAAUUUGUGUUCAACAAGAAGACCAAACAAUCAGUACUUCUGUAUGUCAAUAAACCUUUUAAAAAAACAAUA